GCAGAACAUACGCCUCUUGUUUUGGCUCGGGAUCAUCCAAAAACUCCAGGAGGAAGGGAAAUGGCGUUGGUAGAGAUUGCUCAAGUGCCAGAAGCCUUUGUGGAGGUGACUGUACAUUCCAAUGAAGGACAGUGUUCACUUGUGGGCCGCCGUCAGAGAGUAUUGUACAAGAACGUAAUGCAGGAGAACAAUGUGGCUUCUCUUGGAGGAUUUCCUGUUCAAGCAGCUGAGCUGCUCACACGCUUGGAACGCGGGGAAGAGGCCUGGGUCCCGGAUCUUCACAGCUCCGAUGAGAGUGCUGAUGAGGGGCCAGUUAAACCAACCCUGAAACAGCUACCAAAGAAAGGGAUGUGGUGGGGUCGAUACAGAAGCCCUGUCACGUACCCCAGUUCAGACUCCUCCAACUCAGAUGAUGAAUUAGAGAGUGAAGCUGAAGAAGAAAAACCGCAGCGUGGAGGUCAGAGGCUAAUGGUUUUUCACCAAAGUCUGCUGGUCAAUUCUAGGGGGAACUUCAAGCAGAGAGACAGCUAUAAAAAUGGGCCCCAACUGAAGAAACAUCAGCAAAGCCAGCUUGGUCUUACUGGUGAGAGCACAGUCAAAAUAAAGACUUCUGUAGGGAACCAUCGGAGCACCUGCUUAGACUGUGGCCAGUCCUUCAAGUCUAAAUUAUCUCUUUCGAAUCACCAGAGGAAACACACCCGAGAAAAUCCCUAUAGAUGUUCUUGCUGUGGAGAAAAGUUCAUGGCCAAGAAAGCCCUUGCUGCUCAUCAGAUGAGUCAUGCAGAAGAAAAGGGUUACAAACAUCCCAGUAGAAUGAAAAUCACAACAAUGCUCCAAAUGAUCCAUCCAAAAGAGAAACUCUAUAAAUGUACUCAAUGUGAGAAGAGCUUCACGCUGAAGGACCAUCUUGUCCAACAUGAAAAGAUUCACAGCAACAAGAGGCAGUAUAAAUGUUCCAUCUGUGGGAGAGCCUUCAUUCGAAAGGAACAUCUUAACAGACACCAAAAGAUCCACAGAAGACAGGAAAAUGACACAUCUCCUAAGACUGCAAAAGUCGUAAGGGUGGAAAGUUCAACUGUUGCUCCUAAAAAGAAAUCCACCAUAGAUACAAAGAGAACCGUUGCACUUAAUACCAGACAUCAGAAAUUCUCUGUAAACCGAUUCAAAUGCCAAUUUUGUGGGAGAUGUAUGCGAGCCAAAGCUUUGCUCGUUGAUCAUGAGAGAAGUCAUAGGGAGGAGAGGCGCUAUAAAUGCUCCCACUGUAAUAAAAGCUUUUAUCAGAAGCAUUCUUUUGAGAAACACAAGACAAUUCACUUGAGAAGGCAGCCAGAUGGCAGACCUCCCAAGAGGAUAAAACGGCUGAGUGAAAAGAGUUCCCCAUCUGAUUCUGGAAACUUCCACAUUGCAGAAGUUCCUUCUGAAAGCCCUGUUGAUCGGAAAAUCAUCACUCGAAGCUUUCACCUUGCUCAGCGCCUGAAACUUAGGACUAAGAAAAAGAUCUUUAAGUGUCAAUAUUGUGGGAAAUGUAUGAGUACAAGUUGUUCUCUCGGUAAUCAUGAGAGAAUCCACAGGAGAGAGAGACUGUAUAAAUGUCAGGAUUGUGGGGAGACUUUCCAUCAAAAGUAUCACCUUGACAGACACUUGGUAACCCACACAAGUAAAAAACCCUUAAAGCUCAGCAAAAAUGUGAGAAAGUUGAAUGUGAAGAGUUCCCUUCCUGUCCUUGGAGGAAUCAACACACGGCAGAAGCGUUAUAAGAGUUUGAUCCAUGAAUGUAUUGUCACUCGCAACUCACGUUUCGCUAGGCAGCCAGCAGUCCACACAGAGGAAAAACCCUAUAAAUGUCGGUUUUGUGAGAAAAUCAUGCGAGCCAAGAAUUCACUUCUCAUUCAUGAGAGAGCCCACAGAAGAGCAAAACGGUACACCUGUCUGGAAUGUGGGAAAACGUUCUCUCAAAAGAAUUAUCUUGGAUGCCACCAAAGAAGCCACAGGAGAAAAAAACCUUAUGAAUGCUCAGACUCUGACAAAAGUUUGACCACGAAAAAUGCCUCCCUCUGUUGUGGGAGUCCUCGGGAAAGAAAGCUGCAGUACCUAUGCCUAAAAUGUGGGAAGAGUUUUGAUGAUAACUAUUGCCUUAACAGACAUCAAAUAAUCCACACUGGCACAAAACCCUUCAGAUGUGUCACAUGUGGGAAAGGCUUUAUUCAGACCUGGCAUCUGAGGAGACAUGAGAGAACCCACCUGAAAGCAAGGAAUCACAAGCAACUUGGUGAACCUGAGGAAAGCCAGUUAUUUUUCAGUGCUGCCAGUGUUAUCUCCGAAAAGAAGGAUCAGAAGGAUCCACCUGUAAAUAUCAACGGGCAGACGUUGAGAACAGAGGAAAGAAACACUUCACCAAAUUUGAAAAUGACAGCAUUCAAAGGAUCUGGGAGAGUAGUUUCCCAUAGUCCUGAACAAGGAGAAAUGCCCGUUGAAGCGGAAACAAAGAGUCAGGCAUUUUUAUCCAGGAAAAAAAAGAGAAAACUUCGGCAGAAUCAUAAGGAGGCAGAAGUCUGUAUUGGCCAGUUACUGCAACCAAGGAGCAGGCAGGCUGGAAAAGACAAUGCUCUUUUGCAGAAUAAGCAGACUAAAAAUGACCUCAGUCAGCAGGCUCAGCCAACAAAGUGCUCCAAAAAGAUCAGUCUCCAGAGCCUCAAGAAUGGAAAGGUCCAUGCUGGUCGGCCAUUGGGACUUCAGGCAAACUCAGUAAGAAAAUCUCAGCGAGAGACACAACAGGCCGGUAAGCAGUGCCGGUCUUGCUUCUGCCAGCAAGAGGAACCAGGUGCAGCACCUGGAAGGAAAUCCAAAAACUCCCGGACCUGCAUGAAGGCAAGAGCUUACAUCAGUCCUCAAAGAGAGAUGCAGGCAAAUGUUUCCUCGAAUGUGUCUAAAAGGGCCCUAAAAAGUUGUAAGGCAAGAAAAGCCUGGCUUGAUCAGCAAUCCCAGCCAUUGUUCUCUGGAGCAUCCAAAAUGGAGGCCAAUGAAAGUCCUGCAGUAGGGAUCUCUGCUUGUGGAGAACAGCAGGAAGUGCUGGGGAAGAAGGUGGGUGGUAACCCAGUCUCUCAGAGUUGCAUGACGCUAAUACCUGAGGCAGUUGACAUCAGUGAGCAUCAGACAUUACCAAGGCUUUACAAAAGCAACGCGGAGAGCAGCUGUCAACAAAUUCAAGCAGCCGACAAGUUCAAAAGUACUGCUCUUCAGAACUUGGGAAUGGCUUCUGCCAGUUGGCAGUUUGGUGUGCAGCUAACAUCCUUAAAAACUAUGGAAAAACUUUCUCCACAGCAGAAGGUGAUAGCCUGUGAUAACCAGCAAAAAAGAACAAUAAAGAGAGAACUUGAAACCAGUGCUACUGAGGAAAAUGUUGCAGUUAGUAGACUACUGCUUAAACACAGAUGUACAGAAUGUAAGAAGUCCUUUAGGAGUCGAGCAAACCUUCUGAUACAUAAGAAAUACCACAGGGGCCACAGACCCUUUCAGUGCACACAGUGUGAGAAAAGCUUCUAUGUUUUAUCAGCCCUUAACAUUCACAUGCGAAUCCACACGGGAGAAAAGCCAUACAAAUGCUCUGAGUGCCCGUUCCGCUGUAACGUCAGCUCGAAUCUUAGCAGGCACAGGCAGACGCAUGCGCGACAGAGACCCCAAGCUUGCCAGCUCUGCAACAAGCGCUUCUGGUGCAGCCAGAGCCUCCAGACCCACUUGAAAACCCACUUGGACAAGGAGCCUCACAAGUGCUCUGAUUGUGGGCGAGUUUUCACCCACAAGAACUCCCUCAAGCUGCACAGGAGAUUCAAACACAGUUUGGAAGUGGUGGAAUGA